CGAAAUUCACAAACAGUUGCGUGCGGAACGUGAACAAGUUUACGUGUUGUGUUAUUUGAAAUAGAAGUUUGGUUGUGAUGUAGUGUAACCAAUAAAAAGUUCUCACAUUUAUUUGAGAAAACUCGGCGAACGGAAAUUUCAAAAUAAACGCAAAUAGCGCACGGAAUAACGUAAAUUGAAAUAAAAAAAAUUAUAUUUAAGAAAUAAUUCACUCAAACGCACAAUAACAUUUAUUCAACGAUUUCCCUUUCACUACGCCUACGAAAAUCAUAAAAACAUACACAUACAAAUAAAAAUCUCGUUCAAAGAAAUAUAUCAAAUCAGAAUUUAAAAAUAACAAAAUUAAUGACAAAACCGCGUGAAUAAAUACAUUUGUGUUUAUAUGUAUCUAUGCAUGUGUGUAAUGCAAAUAAACUAACUGAAAACUUAGCAAAAAGUAGGAAAAAGCAAAUGAAUUCUGUAAGCAAAUGAAAAAGCGAACAAACUCACAAAACAGCAAGAGCAACAACAACGACACACAAGCAUGUGCAUAAUAAAUUUGUUGCACAAAAAACAAAUCGAAAAAUAAAAUUUAGUGAAUGCUUUUACUGCCGUUUUUUCUCCUCUUCUACUUGGAGUGUGUAUUGUGCGCAAGGUGAGGCAGUGGUGGUGCAUUCAAUACUUAAUUACACGGGAACAACACGAACAACAAAAACGCCAAAGGACUUGUGCAUUUUGUAGCAAGCAAACACAAGAAAAAAUAAACAAUAGCAACUACCAACAAAGCAAGUGUGAAUAAAAAACAAAAGGGGGCAUAAAAAACCUCAAAUUGAGAAAUUAAAAAACAACAGCUUCCGAUAAAAAACAAACUGUAAGGAACCAAUAAAAAUCACAACAGCCGCAAUAAACAAAAAUAAAUAAAACGUCUAAAUAAUAAAUAAGUAGGUUUGUGAAUAAGAAGUUGCAAUUAGAACAACAAUAACAGCACAAUAACAACACAAUUGGAUUAAAACGAAAAUAAGGAAGCAGAUAAUUUCAUAUAAAGAAUAGUUGCACUAAAAACAGAAAAGAUGCAAGCGCCGCGCGGAUCAACGACUGGUAGGUAAACAAAACUCCUGCACAAGACAACAGGAGAAAGAGAAAAGUUAGAUUUUUAUAAAGACAAAAAAAAAUCAAACCGCUAGUCAAAAGUGACGCUAACAACACCUGAAAAAUUUUGAAAAAGAGACAGUAAAAAUUUUCUCUUUCAACACUAUCAACAAAGUGAGAAGGAAGAAAAAAGACUAUAAGCACACAAAACAAAUAAAUAUAAAACUAGGCAAAAAUGGAGCAAUUCGCAGCACAAAUAUGGCAACAGCAGCAGCAACAACAGCAAGAACAAUAUAAGCAUCAACAGCAGUCCACUGAUGAGGUCGAACACCACGAGAUGCAACAACAAUCUGCUACCACUGUUGUUGUUGUCGACGAACCACCAACCAUUGAAGCGACCAUCAUUGACAUUCCACUGCCGGCAGCGACGUCAUUAUCCUGCUCCACAGCAAUACACACACCCACCACAGCCACAGACGCAGUCCCACCAUUGAUAUCUUCGUCAUUGUCGUGCUCCUCCUCCUCCUACGACACUGAUAGCAGUACAACGGGUAGCACUUGCUGCACGCGGCACGGCGAACACAUUUAUAUGGAGAAGGCUCAACAUAAACUGCAACAACAACAACAGCAGGAGCAACAAAAACACCUGCAACAACAGAAACAAAAGUAUGCUUGCAAUGCGGAUACGGAAGAGGAGUAUUUGAAGAGUGAUUUGCGUCUGCAUUGGCCAUUCUUCAUGCUAGUGAUCUCGAUCAUUGAGAUCGCAAUUUUCGCCUACGAUUCGGCAACCGUACCGGGCACGGCGACAACGCAACAACUUCUCCCUCACAUGCCCAUCGCCUCCGAUUCGGUAUUCAUCUAUCGACCCGAUCGCCGAUUGCAGGUGUGGCGCUUCCUCUCCUAUAUGUUUCUACAUGCCAAUUGGUUUCAUUUGGGCUUCAAUGUGGUCAUUCAACUCUUUUACGGCAUCCCGCUGGAAGUGAUGCACGGUUCGGCGCGUGUGGCGAUCAUUUACUGUGCGGGCGUCUUUGCCGGUUCGCUUGGCACCAGCGUUGUCGACUCGGAGGUGUAUUUGGUGGGCGCUAGCGGUGGCGUCUAUGCGAUGCUUGCUGCACACUUGGCCAACAUCACACUCAAUUACAGGCAGAUGCGUUAUGCGGUGGCGCAAUUGUUAUCGGUGCUGAUAUUUGUAUCUUGCGAUCUGGGAUAUGCAUUAUAUUCACAAUAUCUGGACGCUGAUGCGAUGACGAAACCAGCUCACGUCGAUCGCUCGUGGCUCAAUCUUGAUCCACCGCCAGUUUCAUAUGUUGCCCAUAUGACUGGUGCGCUAGCGGGGUUCACCAUCGGCUUGCUGGUGCUGAAGAAUUUCGAGCAUCGCGCCUAUGAGAAUCUGAUUUGGUGGCUGGCAUUGGGCGUCUACAGUGCCUUCACCGUCUUCGCCAUUGUCUUCAAUUUGAUCAACACGAUGACCGGUCAGCUAGUGGAGGAGCGCAGCGAAGUUGUGGCACAGCAGUUGUUGUACGAUUUGGGUGUGUCGUAAAUAGUGUGUUUGCGAAGAAAAAAUUAGACGAAAAAAAUGCUAAAAUAAAUACGUGAAACAAAGUUUGAGAAAAUAAUGUUCGAAAAAAACCUAUAUGCUUUGAAAAGCAUUAGCAGAAAAAGAAGAAGAAAACAAUUAUUAAAGUACGCUCGAAUUUAGUGCCGCGCGUGAAUUAACUAAUAAAUAACCAAAAAAUAGUAUAAACUCAGCAGACGUCAAAUUCUUCUAUUAAAGUUUCAGUUAUCAGAUUUUUGUUAUACUUCUUUUUGUUACUAUUUACCUUAACGUAUUUAAAAUGCAUGUAAAUACUUUCAACAGCUCUUGUUUCAUUUAUUUUCUUUUGUUUUUCAUAUUUAUUUUGCAUCGAACGCAAAUAAAACCCCAAAUCGUAUAAAUAAAUGUUGUGAUAAUACCAAAGACUGAAUUAAUUUUGAAAAUAAAAGAUUUAAAUACACACACACACACACAAGUUCAUUCAAGCACGCUUGAAUGAAAUUUAGUUAUAGCAUUAAGAAGUGAAUACAAAUUUAUUUAUUUAAUUACAUUAAAUUUUUUUUAAUAAAAUUUUAGACAUCAGUGCACAUUCGGGUCACACACACACAUACAACCAAAUAAUAAAAAUUCGGUUAGGUGCAUUCUAGUGCAUUUGUAAAUACAUACGAAUAGAAGCCCUUUAGGCUUUUCAAAUAAUAAAAAAACAAAAAAUAGCUUUGUUUGUAUAUAUGUACGUAUAUUUGAAAAAAAGGAACAUCCUCUCCCCCGCAAGCAAAUAUAUUUAAUGUAAAUUAAAGUGUACAAUAGUCGCUAAAAAUCGCAUUUUCACAAAAUAACACACUAGUCAAACAACCAACAACAAAUACAAGCAUGCAGUCGACAAACGACAGCCGAAAGAAUGAAAGCCAAGCGCAAAAGUGUAACGCAUAGAUAACUCAAUAGUGCGUCCUAUGUUGCAUAUGUACAGUCAGAUAAAAUUGCUGAUAAGUGAAAAUUUACAAAAUUUCAAAUAGUUAUUUAAAAAAAUUCAAAAUUAUGGAUAAUUAGAAAUAAUUAUUUUGUUUAGUUUUAAAUUAAUUUAAUCGUUUAACACAAAUGCACAGACCAUUGAAAAUGGCAGAAAAUUAAAAAAAUACUCUGAGUUUUGUUUUUCAAUUUUGCG